CUCCGCUGACAUCAGCCCGCGCCGCCAUAUUGCAGGAGAAGCCUCCUCCGCCAGCUCGGCCGCCGCAGGGGGGGACGCCGGGCCCCUGCUGCCUCCGCCUCCCCUGCUCCGGCCGAGCCCCUCUCCCCAUGACUUCCCCCGGCCGGCCGCUGCCCCGGUGCGGAUAGGGUGCAAGCGGCUCCUGUUCCUUCUCCCCCCGCCCUCCGCCCCCUCUUCCCGAGCUGCCGCCGAGCCCCUCGCUCAGCGGCGGGCCUCUGCCCUCCCGCUGCCUCCAGCCAUGACUUCCCUCACCCAGCGCAGCUCCGGCCUGGUGCAGCGCCGGACCGAGGCCUCCCGCAGCGCCGCCGCCGACAAGGAGAGGGGAGCGGGGGGCGGCCCGGAGGAUGAAGGCCGCCGGGACGAGUCCGGCGACGACGAGAAGGGCGACUCCAAGGAAACGCGGCUAACCCUCAUGGAGGAGGUGCUGCUCCUGGGCCUCAAAGACCGUGAGGGUUACACAUCGUUCUGGAAUGAUUGCAUCUCCUCAGGAUUGCGUGGCUGUAUGUUAAUCGAAUUGGCAUUGCGAGGGCGUCUUCAGCUAGAGGCUUGUGGAAUGAGGCGCAAAAGUCUAUUAACAAGAAAGGUGAUUUGCAAGUCAGAUGCUCCUACAGGGGAUGUUCUGCUUGAUGAAGCUCUGAAACACAUAAAAGAGACCCAGCCUCCUGAAACAGUACAAAAUUGGAUUGAGCUGCUUAGUGGUGAAACAUGGAACCCACUGAAGUUGCACUACCAACUACGGAAUGUCCGUGAAAGAUUAGCUAAAAAUCUAGUGGAAAAAGGUGUACUGACAACGGAGAAACAGAACUUCCUUCUUUUUGACAUGACUACGCACCCUCUCACCAACAACAAUAUUAAGCAGCGCCUCAUCAGGAAGGUUCAAGAAGCAGUUCUUGAUAAAUGGGUGAAUGACCCUCACCGCAUGGACAAGCGCUUGCUGGCACUCGUUUAUUUAGCCCAUGCUUCAGAUGUUUUGGAGAACGCUUUCGCCCCCCUUUUGGAUGAGCAGUAUGAUUUAGCCACAAAAAGAGUGCGGCAGCUUCUGGAUUUAGACCCUGAGGUUGAAUGUAUGAAAGCCAACACGAAUGAGGUUCUUUGGGCUGUUGUAGCAGCGUUCACAAAAUAGCUGCAUUCAGACUGAAGUGUUCUCUCUUCUUUCAUGUAAACCAGUUGUUUCUCUUCUAUUGACUAUUCAUGUUUUCUGUAAUUUGUACCUUCUCACAUGAUGAAUCGGCUCUUGUUUAAUGGGAAUUAUAAGUGGUGUAUUCCCUCCUUCUCUGUGUAAAUGUAUACAGGUUUCUGCUGGUACAAGAGACUUUCCUGUUUAACAACAACAGAAAAAGGUUUUACUGCCAUAUUGGCAUUCCAUUUCCUAUUCAGUUUGAGUUACCUGAAAGACUUUGUUUAAUCUAUUUUUCAUAUUAUUGUUAUUAAAGUGGUUUAACAUAGAAAGCACCUCAAGGAUGAAAUGUGCAUGCAGUUGGAUCACUAGUCUCAGCUGACACAGAUGUGUGCAUGCAUCAAUACUUCUGCAGUACAAUUCAUAACAGAUCAAAAAGGGCCUUUUUAAAUCACCAAAGCUCCAUGUUGAAGUGUCUGUCAGGACAUUUUAUACACAGAUGUUGUUUCAAUUAUAUCUAACAAAGUUACUUUAAAAGCAGAAAUUCCAUUAAGCAGCUUUGUCAAUAGUUCCUGUAAAAUGCCCCAUAAAUUUUACUUCUCAUGCAAGUCUCUUGUGUACUUAUAUUUUCAUUAGAACAAUAGCUGAGUCACAAGGCUAGUAUAGAAAGGUCCAGUUGUUUCAUAAACCAGUUUUGGGAUGGGAUACAUUCCAUUAUAAUGUAUAUAUAGUUCAAAUUGUAUAUUAACAACUGCCCCUUCUUAGUAUUUUGCAAGAACUACUUAGUUGUACACCUGAUGCCCCUUAUUUGCUGUCAGUCAUUGCCAUUCGAUGGAAGAAAAGGCCUCAUGUAAAGAGCAUGUAUUUGAAAGCUGUUUGUUUCCAGUGUCUACAGAGUUUGCCAUCUGGGUAUUCUCAGUCUAUGCAUUGCCUUUGAUAAUUAGUAUAUGGAAAGAGACCACUUUUGUAUCAUUGUUUGUACCUUCUUUCCCUGCCUCCUGUAUGGAAGAGGCUCUUGUCAAGUACAAUUCUGGAGUGCAGUUUUUAAUUUUGUACACAAAUUAAUGUUUGUCUCUUAAACCUCAUGAUGGAUUUUACACUUUAAAAACAAAAAGUUGUAGCAGGUGUUGCAUGUAAACAGUUAGCAAGUAAUGACUGCGGUGCAGAUGAUUAAGAUUGCUGUAAUGGGACGCUCUGCUAUAUUUUUAUUUUUUAUAUACAACUAUGCUGAUUAGCACACUAUUGUAAAAAAAAUAUAAAACUCUGGCUUUAAAAAAUUUAUUGCCUCUUUGCCACUGCUUGUUAUCUUCCAUUGGUUUCACAGUGUAAAUAUUAUGUAUUAAAAAAAUUAAGCAUUGAUUUUAUUUUUUUCCUCAUAAAAAUGCAGAUUUAUAGUGGGGCUUACAGGUGUUUAAAAACUUUUUUGGUUAAUAUUCAGAGCAAGAAUAAUAGAUGGUGUAUACCUGUAGAGUUGAAAUUCAAGGGAUCCCUUAACCUGUAUACUAGCUUUUUACCUACAGUAAAUAAACUAUGAUCUUGAAAGUGCCUGAAACAGAGCAAGCAUGUCAUUUUUAUUUUUUGUUGCUAAUUAGAAAAGUUUAUUGCUUAACUGAAAGCUUUAGUUAAUAUCCUUCUUAUUAGAAAGGGAGGGUUUAUAUUAAGUAGAUCAAACUCACCUAAUCAGCGGUGUUGCUCAGAUCUGCAGGAUUCAUAGCUGAGACAGGCUGAGUUAGCUUGUGAGUGUGCAGCUGUGCCUGCCAUGGGUAGACCUCUUCUAUGUUGAGCACAACUCUGCAGCCUCAUCUGUGAAUGGACUUUCAAUUUUUGCACUUCAUUUUCAAUCAUUAGGAUGCUUAAGUAGUUGACUUUAAAAUACAACUUAAAUUCAUCAUACCUAUAUAACCUUUUUUUAAUAAAGGUUUAUAAAAAUAUGGUCCUUAACAUUUAAUGGCACACUGUUCUUUCAGUUCCUAAAUGCUGUUUCUUUGGAAAAAUUAUAUUAAAAGUAUAUUGUAAGAUAUUUCAAACUCUGGUUUACAAAUAGAAAGACAAACUGUUCUCUCAGUUGUAAGAUGCUGUGUUUAAAACUUUGAGGAGCUUGGGCAUGAACUGUGGACAUUUUUUUUUAAACAUUUCAAAAUGUGAUGACUCUAAGUGGAAGAAAAAUGAAAGUUGCCAUUUUGCUCUUAAAUUUGGUGGCUUAUAGAAUACUUUCUGUACUUGACAGUAUGUGCUAACUCACUGCUUUCAUUCUGUGAUCUGUUUUCUCAUUUUCUGUUGCUUUUUGAGAGGAGAGAAAAGUAAUUAGGUGGAAAGGUCAGAAAAAUAGUGGGGUAUUCAGAAGCAAGUUGAGUGCACAAAACUUUUAAAAUUACUUUGAAAACCUAAACUACUUGAAACAUGCUUCAGGCUGAAAGUACCUUUCAUUGUCCCUUUUCUGUCCUCUCAUUCUCUGUUUUCUGUGGAGGAUACUGGGGUUUUGUCACACUUGCAGCCAACAUGCUUUAAAAGAAGUCAGCCUUUAAUCCCGCCCAGAAAGAGAAUUUGUUUUGUUUGGUUGUUUUGUUUUGUUUGUUUUGUUGUGUUGUGGGGUUUUUAUGUUGUUGUUUGGUUGGUUGUUUUUGGUUUGUUUUAUUUUUUUUUUUUCCACAUAGAAGAUAAAUACUGUAGGAGAUUAUUGGCUUUAUUUUGCUUGAAGUUAGAACCUCUGUCUCGAAUAGGAAGAGUCUGUACUGGGUGUAUCAAUUUUGAUGUAAGUAAUGGAGGUUUUGUGAAGAGCGACAGUGUCUUGCUAGACCACCUGGUGUAACUUGGAUGUGUAGGGUUAAUAAGUGAGCUUUUAGAGUCUUGAGUCCUAUGUUGUGCUUUAAAAAACCCAAAGCCUCAUGAGUCCUACCAGGCCUUAUGUCCAACAAGGAAGGUAAGUUUGGUAGGUUAACAGGAACUGAUUUAGCUAACAUCCUUGCCUUCAUUGCUAUUUCAGGUUCUAAUACAAUGGUUAAACAUGGGAGACUGCCUUGUUCUACUGAGAUUCAUGUACCCUUCUUCCUAUUAGCUGUUACUGCAGCUCACAGAGACCUGGAGAUGUGGUUUUAAGACAGUUUUGGCUGCUCCAAGUCCUCAGCUCUUAAUGGCUGCUUAAAAUGAAGACUGCUCUCCAUAGCUUGAACUUGAAUGUGUGCCUCAAGGAAGAGCAUAUUCUUUUAAAACAAAUGUUCAAGUUCACGUCAAAACCAGGAUUUUGAAAGUUACAUUCCCAAGCAGAGUGAGUGUGUGUGUGUGUGUGUGUGUGUGUGUAUAUAUAGUUUUACAGUUCUUGGGAUUUACAUCCUCCUCUCCUGUGUUUCUAGAGAUGAUGUUACAGUACUCCUAUAUGGGAUGCUAGUGAAACCUGUGUGCCAUACUUGAUGCUUUUGAGGCAAAAGUUGCAUAAAUUGGCUAUAAAAGGCUGGUGACUUGAGUGCUCAUGUGUUCAUGCCCAUUUCUCCUACAAAGUGAAGAUGCCUAUUGACUAAUGUGUUCUCUGUGAACUGGACUGAAUCUGUACUGAAACAAAAUAAAGCCACCCUUUCAAGCUA